UCAUAGUUGAAUACUAUGUAGUUGGCCUUUCUCCGCCUGCAAAUAUGAGAAGUUUCUUACACAAAACAGAACACGCGCAACAAAAGACACGGCAUACACAACAUAAUGAGCUACGGCAGCGGCGGAUAUCAACAAGAGAAGCAAAAGAAGGCAGUCGACGCCGGUACGUCAGGAGAAGAAGGAAUCACUUGCGGUGGCUGCGGGAUGGCAAAAUCGAUGGUACUCGAUGACGAUCAUCCUCAUGUUCACAUGGAUCUCCAGGCGUUGCCCGAAGGAUGCAUAGCUAACGUCGUCUCCCUAACGACGCCUCCAGACGCGUGCCGGUUUUCGGCGGUGUCUAGGAGUUUCAUGUCGGCCGCCAAAUCCGACGCCGUUUGGGACAAGUUCCUUCCCCAUGAUAUCCCCUCCAUACUCCCUCACUUCUCCUCCAAGAAGGAGCUUUACCUCACUCUCUGCGAAAACCCUGUCCUCCUUGACGAUGGCAAAAUGAUGUUUUUUCUGGACAAAUGGAGUGGGAAAAAAUGUUACAUGAUCUCGGCAAGGGACCUUAUGAUUGCUUGGGGUGGUAAUCCUGACUACUGGGGAUGGAAUUCUGUUGGCGACUCCAGAUUUGAGGAGGUGGCUGAGCUUAGGUUUGUUUGGUGGCUUGAAAUCCGUGGCAAAAUUGAGACACGGAUUCUCUCCCCAUCCACCGUCUAUCAAGCUUAUCUUGUGUUCAAGUUAAGUGCAAUGGCGGAUGGGUUUGAUCAUGACGAUCCCUUGGACGUCAAGGUAGGACUUCUUGGAGAAGAAGAGGCCGGUAAUAAGCGCACUGUGUUUUUGGACCAAGAAGAAGUAGAAAGGCGGAGACAGAAGACCCCCGUCGGAACCAGUGAAACUCAAUAUCCGAAGAAAAGGACCGAUGGCUGGUUGGAGGUGGAGAUGGGUGAGUUUUUCUGCCCAGGAGAAGAAGAUGGCGCGAUAAUAGAGAUGACUUGUAUGGAGGUUAAGAGGAUUAAGCGUGGCCUCAUUGUUCAGGGGAUUGAGGUCAGGCCCAAGAGAAUGUAGACAGUUUCUUAUGGUGCAUUUUCUAUCACAUGAUGUGUCAACAACAGGACGGGUACUAGAACUUAUUGUAUCGUAACAAUAUUGGCGAAACAAAGGAACUAGAACUUAUUGUUUUAUAACAUUAACGUGACAUCCCAAAACUUAAGAUAUUA